AUGUCGGAUUACACAGUCGCCAUGGCUGAUAGCUACUCAAUGAUCAUCGAUUGGCUACUGGCCUUGAUCAGCAUUAGUGUCUGCAGCAUCCUUCUCUUCCUGAUGUUCCUCGUCGUCAUCUGUUUCUGGGUUGUCAUCGCCUUGAUCAACUUCAUCAGCACCGUCCUCUUCAUGACAUUUCUCAUUACCAUCAGUAUCUUGAUGAAUAUUCGUGGAAGUGAAGAGAGUCAGGAAUAUGGCCGAAUUCAAGACCUCUACGUCGAUAAUAUGCCCUCACUUGGAAACCACUGGUGCACUCGUGAAGCUGGCCCGGACGACGUGAACUCGAACCCUUAUCACUACUCCAACAGGGACGGCUCAUAUUACUACAGCAACGCCGACGGCUCGAAAUACUUCAACGACUGUAAGGGAGGCGCAUGGUUUACCCCUCCUCCUCCCAAAUAA